CCUUGCUACCGCCAGUGCCGUAGUGGUGAGGGCCCCUCACUGCCGCCAGUGCCGCCAGUGCCGUAGUGGUGAGGACCCCUCGCUGCCGCCAGUGCCGUAGAAGCGAGGGUCGACUAAGUGCCGCGACUCACUCCCGCCAGCAGCGCGCUGAGGAGCGGACGGCAGGAGCUGCAACUUCCACCUCAGCACAUACCUGCUCCCGUAACGCGGGAUCAGGUGUAUAAUCGACACACCAGCCUACAUGUGUGCGACACAAUAAGAUCCAAAUAACAAGGGAAUAUGAAUUACCGGAUUCAGUACUCCUCUUUUUCACGCUGGAAAGGGGGACUUGACGCUAAGGUCCGUGACAGUUUCAUUCCAGUGUGUCGUGGUUUGCUCUCAGUAUGAAAGGGACAAGCAGGACAAACCAUUAAACCAAUUUGAAUACAAGAAUAAAUACGAACAUGGAAUAACUACAAUAUGCAUGAAAAAGAGAGACAAUUUAGCUGUGACCGUAAGGAAUGACAACAACAAGUCAAUACUAGAUAAAAACUAGACAUGUAAGCCAUCAAAAGAAAGAUGCAGGUGUCAGAUGACCCCCGGGGCAGAAUCAGCACCUUAAACUGGGACAGCAGCACCAGAACCCCUGCUUGAUGGGGUUCUGGGAGUUCUUCUACUCCCCAAGCUCGGCCUGAGGCCAGGCUUGACUUGUGAGAGCUUGGUCCAUCCGGGCGAGAAACAGAAACAACGGUAUCGCGAAUACCUGUGUUGACGGAAGGGUCAACAACAGCAGCAUCAGCCGUCCAAAGGUGGCCAUCAACAGGCUCAAACAACGGCGGCCACAUAGAGAGGCGCGAGGAUGGGGUGCGGGGCGAGUCACUCCAACGCCUCCCUCAGCCAUGACGAGGCUAGGACACCCGUUAAUGACUCCGGCGCCGCACCUUUGACGGUGACGGAGGAGGCGAUGGAGAAGCCCAAGACCGGGGAGGAAGGCGUCUUCGAGCUGCCGCAGUCCGACUUCGUCGACGGGCGUCUGGGCGUCACUGAGGCGAAGGCCAUAGAGGAGCUGAGGAGCAACCUGGCGGCGGACGAGCACUACUGCGACGAGGACUUCCCUGCAGAUAACUCCUCGCUCUUCUUCUCCCAUCGUGUCGACGGCGACAUUGAGUGGAAGAGACCCUACGAGCUGCACGACGACCCUCAGGUGUUCGUUGACGGCGUCGGCAGGAAGGACGUGGUGCAGGGCGCCCUCGGGGACUGCUGGUUCCUCUCUGCGUGUGCCGCCGUCGCCAGGACGCCCAAGCUUAUACAGAGGGUGGUGCCCCCAGACCAGGUUCUGGUCGGGGAGGGGUACACAGGGCUGGUCGUGUGCCGGUUCUGGAGGUUCGGGGAGUGGGUGCUGGUGUGCGUCGACGACAGACUCCCCACCAAAGAAGGCCAUCUCAUCUUCGCCAGCAGUUCCAGUCCCCAAGAGUUCUGGGUCGCCCUCGUAGAGAAGGCCUACGCCAAGCUCCACGGGUCGUACGAGGCGCUGGAAGGGGGUCAGAGUAUGGACGCUCUAGUCGACCUGACUGGCGGCCUGGCUGAGAGGUACGACAUGGAAGACACCCCCGACAAGGACAAACUCUACAAGCUCCUGCUCAAAUCUUCCAAAAAUGGAGCGUUUAUCACUGCUUCCAUGAAGAAGAACGACCCCAGGCAGUUUGUCAUGCUUCACGACGGUGACUGGCGACUGGCCUACAAGACCAACGACCACGGCCUGGUGGAGGGCCACGCCUACACCGUGUCCGGCGUGGCUACCAUCAGCCACGAACACCUGGGACUGGUGCGCCUCGUCCGUGUCAGAAACCCCUGGGCCAGCGGCGCCGAGUGGAAUGGUGACUGGUCUGACAGCGACGAGAACUGGGAUGGGGUGCCCGUGUCCCAGCUUAACAAGCUGGGUCGGGCCCAGCUUGAAGACGGGGAGUUCUGGAUGAGCUUCAAGGACUUUUGCGGCCACUUCGAAGAGGUGUCGAUCUGCACCAUCGGCCCGGACUUCGAUAACGAUGGAACCAUUGACCACGUUGGUCAGGUUCAGGCCAUUAAGGGAGAGUGGGCGGAGGGGUCGAGCGCUGGCGGCAGCCGGAACGACUUCGACAAGUUCGCCACCAACCCGCAGUACCUGCUGACUCUUACUGACCCUGAUAUGGAGGAAGACGGAGAGAGUAAGUGCAGCGUGCUGGUGGCUAUGAUGCAGGAACACCGCCGCUCAAACAAGCAACAGGCCGUCAAGGAGCUCCAGAUUGGUUUUGUAGUCUACAAGACGAGUCAUCCGGAGCGGCGCCUGUCGUCAGAUUACUUCCAGCACAACUAUGAGGAAGGCAACUCCGGCGUCUACAUCAAUUUCCGCGAGGUGUUGUGCCGCAUGGAGCUCGAACCCGGCGAGUACGUCAUCAUCCCCGCCACCUUCCUGCCCGACUGCCCAGGAUACUUCAUGGUCAGGGUGUACUCGCCCAACAGCUUCCAGCUCAAGAAGAUACCAUGAAGGCUCUUCCCACCUGACCCUCUACACCCCCUAACACCUCCCGGCUCAACGAGACACCUGUCUUUCGGGUGGCUUUCAUGCCAUUUCUUUGACAAUUAUUUAUAAGAAAGUUGUCUUAAACUUGACAGAAAGUGCCUUAAACUUGAAUUGAUCUUACAAUUAAGCUGAGAUGGCUUUAUACGUCUGUAAUGCUUACAAUAAAGAUGUUGGGGGUUUUUCUUUCAACACUACCGAAACCAAACUUGUGCUAGUCUUGUGAAUGGAAAUAAAGCUUCGAACAAUAUUGGCUCAGUGUCACAGAGGUUGAGCUUGAAAAGGUGUUGCGUGAUUUUGUUAUGGAGUAGGUCCCCACGCGGGCAAGUCGACCACAGGGCUGGCAAGUCGUCCACAGGGCUGGCAAGUCGUCCACAGGGCUGGCAAGUCGACCACAGGGCUGGCAAGUCGACCACAGGGCUGGCAAGUCGUCCACAGGGCUGGCAAGUCGUCCACAGGGCUGGCGAGUCGUCCACAGGGCUGGCAAGUCGACCACAGGGCUGGCAAGUCGACCACAGGGCUGGCAAGUCGACCACAGGGCUGGCAAGUCGUCCACAGGGCUGGCAAGUCGACCACAGUGCAAGGACUUGACAUACAUACGAGUCUGCCCACUCACAUAUCAACACUGAACACCGGAGAGUGAUGCAGGGAAGGAAUAUCUCACUGCUGUGGCCCAUGGAGCAAGCCGGUGAAAACACGGCCAUGCUUCGGAAACAAAUUUAAACCUAAGUUUAAACAUCAUUGCUUCCUCAGCGUAGCUCUCCUCACUGGAUUACUUGACCGUUACACUAACAAUUCCGGAAGCCAGAAUAACGCUGCAGAGGCCUUUUACUUAUUACUUUACAUUUGAUAUAAAUAGCAUGGAUGUUUGUGGCCAGCCGCUUGCGGCCAGCCUCUCCCAACUUUGCAGGAUGAAUGAUCUGGGUGACGGGACGGAAAUAGGCUGGUUGGGGUCGGUCCUAUUAGGCUCAGGCCUAAUAGUGACCCGACACCUAAUCAAUGAUAGGUGGCUGGCCGAGACAGUAGAUUUGUUCACAUUAAUGGCAUGGCUAGAGGGUAGAGAAGAGAGCUAGGGGAUGUCUGAAGAUAGGAGGAAAACAGAUGGGCGAGAGGGAGGGGGGGACUGGGAUAGAGGGAUAGAGAAGAGUAUCUUGGGGGAGAAACUUGGAGAGGGAGGGAUAGGGUAAGAGAUGAGAGAAGGGCGAGAUUAGGAGAGGGGAGAGAGACCCCCCCCCCCCUGGCACAGCUGUCCCAGUCUGUCUAUAAAAGAGGAUAUCUAUCUGUCCGAGGUUGCCAGCCAGAUGCUUGCAGCUAGCCUCACGAAAAUUUGCAGGAUAACCGGUAGGGAGAGUGUAACGGUCAUAGGGUGUCUGGAGACGGCCACCAUCAAGUCGGCCGAGAUGAAAUGUUCGGAGCCAGCGGCAUAGAGUUUUAUCCUUCGCUCAACGAAAGUAUUUGGGAAAGUCUCACCCACACACACCCUCUCUACACAGUGCUCACGGGACGAUAUAUUGAACCACAGAACGUUCUGGUGACAGAUCUGCAUUCUGGAGGCUCCCGGGGCGACCCGGGCAGCGCCGGGAACACUAUUAUAAUAAAAUAAACUGAGACACAAGACUUACACAAUAUUUAGAUUAAAUUUCUGGAAACUGCAUUUCAGUUCUAUAAUAAAAUUUGAGGGCUGAAGCUUCAAUAUCAAAGUGAAUAAACUCACACCCCAGAAUAUAUAAUAUAUAUAUAUAAUAUAUGUACAAUAAACUUGUUGAUUACACUUUAAUUUGACGUAAUAUAUGGAUGCAAUUUAAUGAAUAUUUGAAAUAAAUUUGUAUAUGUU